AUGAAGAAAAAGGUUUUGAGGGUGGCCGUAUGCUACAAAUUGAUCAGCGGCAACCCUAAAGCUAAAAAGAAUAUUUUAGGAAGAGAGAUAUCAUUCAUUUCGAAAGCGUCACAUGUGAAUGGAUAUGUUAAACAAAUGCAAUUAGCAAGAUUUGGAAGGCUGAGGGCUUAA